GGAAAGACCAGACAAGAACUAGAGGUGCAACCAUGAGCGAGCGACAGACUUCGCUACAUAACUUGGCGCACAUAGCGAAUAUGUCACACGAGCUCCAAGUUCUCAACCAGCAAUUACGAGAUGAAUCGGUGGUAAAACCGAAGGUGGAGGUUCAAUCAACCCAACCAACCACAAGUUUCCGAGAACAAUCACUGGCACCUCCAGACGACAAUAGAACACCACCUAAGAACGGGAGAUUAAAACGAAUGGCAUGUGUAGAAUGUAGACAACAAAAAUCCAAAUGUGAUGCCCUGGAAAGAGAUCCACUUCCAUGUACCAGAUGUUCCAAAAAAGGACUUCUGUGUGAUUUGAAAUCAGAUUACAAGAGAACAUAUAAACGUGCUCGUAUAGAACAAAUAGAGAAGGAAUUUCUGAUCUUAGCCAAGACUUUAUCAGACGUACAGGCACAGGAAUUGUUGUUGAAAGUUCCAUCUUUGGCCGAAGGGUUGCAACAACCUCUUCGGGGCAGAAACCAAGACGGUCAAAUAGUUGGUCAGUCUCAACUGUAUAACAAUACCUUUAAACAAGAACCAAAUGGGAUGUCAAGAAAAUCUUUAGGAAUUCCUGGCCCCACCACAGGAUAUGGUUUACCACAUGGAUAUAAUCAAGGCAUUUCGGGAACAUAUGGACCAGCGUCUGGAAGUGAUGUGUCAUCGUCAAUACCCAACACUCCUUCGAUUCAAAGACCUACAAUUGAUCAUCAUUUAAACUCUGCUACUUCCACGCAGCCUAAUAAUUCCCCAUUACCAACUGUCAUCAUUUCAGAAGAAGCUCUUAUUUGCACUGAAAAACUGCUUAGUUCGGUUACACUUUCUCCAGAAGUGAUUAGGGAACUUGUCCUUGAAUUUGUUGCAAAAUAUCACCGCAUACUCCCGGUAGUAGACGUGCAACGAGGACCAGAACGAAUCUAUCGUCUUUGUCCGGCCCUCUUUUGGUCCAUAAUGCUUGUAUCUCUUAGAAGGUUCGAAAAAGAUGCAGAUAAGGCUCUUUUGUUGGAACUUUCUCCUAUGGUGAAAGAUGUUUUAGCAGAAAUUUUAAUUUCUCCUGUUACUAGAUAUAACCCAACAGAAGAAGAUCAACCUAUUUUAAAUGCUUCAUCGUUUUUUUCCGUCCAAGCAUUCUUAUUAUACACUUAUUGGCCACCAAUAACAUCUUCACUUAGUGCAGACUCUUCUUGGAAUACAAUUGGUUCUGCAUUUUUUCAAGCCAUUCGAUUAGGUCUUCAUACAGCGACUGCAAAUUUUAACGAUCAAAAUACAACUCAAGCCAACUUGGAAAAAGUUCAAGAACAAACUCGUACUUGGAUCAUUUGUAACGUUGUUUCGCAGACGGUUGCCAGUUCGUUUGGGUUCCCUGCAUUUGUUCAAUUUGACUCAUCCAUCUUAAGCUCUUGUAGACCAGGAAGUGCCAUACAUAUAGCUCCACAGAUCCAAGCAAUGAUGGAAAUAGCACAAUUUGAAGACCAAGUUGCAAAUACUCUUAACUCAAAUUCCCUGGGAAUACAAGGAUUGGCAGACCCAACAGAAAGACUCCCUCUUUUGAAAGUAUUGGUACGACAAUUGGAUGAAUUGGAAAUCAAGAUUGCAUAUGAAUUACCCCAAGAUGAUGGAAUACGAAAGUUUCUGCUUUUGGUAGCGAGAAUACAUCUUCUAACAUAUUACUUUAUGGAUCUGUCAAGAAUCGCACCUUUUGAACUCCAAAGAGGUUUGGUUCAAGUAUAUAAUGCAGCAGUUCUGCUUAUUACCCAUGCGCAACUUUGUCAAGCUAAAGAUAAGAAAUUUGUACGCUAUCUUCCUGGUGUAUACAUUUUGAGUAUUUGGCAGGCUUCUUGCAUUAUCGGGAAACUUUCCCAUUCUCCGAUGAAGAAAUUCAUUGAUUUAGGUACUGGACGUGAGAGUUAUCAAGCGGCCAUCUCUCUUGCUGCCAAGGCUUCGAUCUUAAAACACGACAUUGCUCAUAGAAGUAGUGGUAUUAUGAGAAAUAUGUGGCAAUUUUUCCGUGCUAUGGAUGAAAAGAAACUUACAGGAUUAUCAAUAAAUAUUCGUACAAGAAUGUCCGCAUCUAUAUUCUUUGAUUGUUUACAUUUGUUAAGAGAUCAAGUUGGUAUGCUCAAAUUGAACCGAGAAGCGAUGGAAAGAAAAAACAUAGCAGAAGGAAAUGGUGCACAUGACAGACGUCCUGAAGAUGACGAAGAUGAUGACGAAGAUGAAGAUUACAACAAUAAUUUAGAUGGUGAUGAUAAGAAUGACGAUUCAAGCUCCUCAGUGCUUGAAUCAGACGAGGAGGAAGAGGUACCAACCGGAGAUAAGUCACAAAAGUCAUCAACCCCUGGAAGUAAUACUUCCAGUAGGACUAAGAGACAAAGAUCACUUUCAAACACUGUCAAUGCUGAAAGCAAGGCUCGUCGUAUCAUCAGGACAAUUCCGUUCGACCCUCAACCUAUUUCUGCACAAGGCGGUAAGCGUAUGAGUAUUUUUAAUGUGGUGAAUCAGACCCCUCAAUCUUCUGACUCUCUGAUCCAUAACCAAUCUCCAGAGUUUAAGAACCCUAGCUCACCACUUGUAAAGCAAUCACAGGGACAAAGACAACACUCCCAACAAUCCCAACCACAUCAACAACAAGCACAACAACCCCAACCACAACAACAGCAACAACCGCCACAAUUUCCGCCCCAACAAUCGUACCAGGAUCUACAGGUAAACGCUACUCAACAACCAUAUCAACAAAACCGCCAACAACAUUCCAAAUCCCAUGUAAACAAAUUAGGUUCAUUGCCUGCUCAUGAUGUAUUACAACAACAAGAAAUUUUGAAUGGAAAUUCGAAGAAAGAAUUAACACUCUCCGAGAUGGUAAUGAAUGAGUCUCCACUUCAAGGGGGAUUAGAAAAUUUGGAUAUGAAUGGAAUAGAUUUUAGCAGUGACCUACUUUGGAAGGAUGUGGACAGUGUUAUGAAUGACUUUGGAUUCCACACUUAAACAGUGUAAAAUAGAAUAUGUAUUAUAGAACAAUUAUUACCAGGAAGGUUUACUGUAUACAAUGAAUUUACAUAAUGUAUAUAAAUUAAAUUUAUUGAAUAUAUACUAUACAA